AGGAUAUUAUUGUCAGUGUGAGAAAAGUCAAAACAUUAUUUUGCUAUUUAUUAUAUUAUUACGACUCGAUUUUAGAAAUGUGUAGAAACUGAUAUUUUAACAAUUUUGCAAUGGCUUUAUCACUUAGAUUUCUUUAUAGAGAUCAUGUAUAUUUUCAGCAAAUAAUUAAACCGCUAAGAUUGAAUAUAAGAAAACAUGUUCCUAUUAGACGUGUAUCAAGUGGAUUUUAUACAUCAAAUAUCAACCAAAAGGCUUUAGUGGCGGAAAACAUGUGCAAGUCUUAUUAUAAACCUCUUCGGCUUUGUUCUACUCAAAGUAGUAAUGAGGGAUUAAAACCCCCACCACCAAGUCCAGAAAAAAAACGUGGUUUAAUACAGCGAUUUAAGGAAAUGUAUAGAGAUUAUUGGUAUGUUCUUGUUCCAGUACAUAUGGCUACAUCGGCUAUUUGGUUUGGAGGAUUUUACUAUGCUGUAAGAAGUGGUGUUGAUGUUGUGAGUCUGUUUGAAUCACUCGGUGUGAGUGAGAAACUGAUGGAACCAUUAAAACAAACUGGUGUUGGAUACUUUGCCCUUGCAUUUGCAAUGUAUAAGGCAGUUACGCCUCUCAGAUAUGCUGUUACACUAGGUGGUACUACUGUUGCAAUUAAAAAACUAACAGCUAUUGGUUGGAUUAAGCCAGUUCCCUCAAAAGAACGCCUCAAGGAGAUGUUGCAAGAAAAGAAAGAAAACUUACAUGAUAAAUUCAAUGAAAGUAAACAACAUUACCAUGCUCAGAUUAAAGAGAAACAGACACAAGUGAUUGAUGAAAUGAGGAGGUACAAAACAGAAAUGCGUAAUAUAAAGGAUAAAGUAAAGAAAAUGUGAUCAUUAUAUCUUAUUAACAUUAGUUACAGAAACAACGGCUUGGCCAUUGUAUGUUAUGCAACAAAUAAAACAGCUGCUGUUUGAAAAAUUAUUUAUUGUUACAAAAAAUAUAAAUAAAACUUAACUAGUACUUGAACUUUAGUCACAUAAUAAUUAUUAUCAGUUAACAAAAAUUAAAAACAUCACAUGAUAAAUCAAAAUGUACAAAUAGUAUGAAACACAACUUACAUACCUAGAUUUGACAGCACAUUGCCGGAAUGUAUAUUAUGGCAUUUCUUCUAGGUCAAGGUUGUGUAAAAAGAAUAAACGAAAAUGAUAAUGAAUACCAUCCACAUGUGCUGCCAUUCAAACAUAGAAAUAAUAAAUGCAUCAAUGUUGCAAUAAAUUAAUAAUACUUGUGACUUAGUAUUUGUUUUUCACAUUUUGUACCCUUUGUUUAAAUAAAUGUGUUAUUCUCCAAGUAAUAACUUACAACAUGUGAUCCAGUUAUUUAUAAUAAUAUAAUAAAAAACUGUUCAAAUGCAGGUGAACCAA